CUUAAGUGUGUCUUUGAUCUUGGACUGAAAAGAACUUUCAAAAUGCAGCCGUUCCAGUCAACCGCGAGGCCGGAAGGGCCCCGGGAGUCGUCCCCCGAGCGAGGCAAGUCCCCCGACACUCCGACAUCGCCGCCGGUGCUCAACUUCUCCAUAGCGCGGUUGAUGGAACCCGACAGAAAGAAAUCUGUCUCACCAGAACCACCGACCAAUCCCGGAUUUCUUUCGUACGGACAACAACUUCUCGACUCCGCAUUUAAGCAGUACAUUCCUGCAGCGAGAAGGCAACUAGUGUCGCAUUAUCCACUCCUGUACUAUGGGCCCGAUCUAGUCUCCCUGACGUACGCCCACCAGCUGCACUUACCGCGCCCCCCGCCGGCGCCGUCACCCGUGCAACGACCGCCAAGUCCGCGCGCCCCGGCGGUCGAAGUGUCGUCCACGACAGGGCCGAGUUCUUCACCUGCGAAAAAUAAGAGUUUCGCGUGCGGAGAUUGUGGCAAAGUAUUCAACGCUCAUUACAACCUGACGAGACACAUGCCCGUUCACACAGGAGCCAGGCCGUUUGUUUGCAAAAUAUGUGGAAAAGGAUUCCGCCAGGCGUCGACUCUUUGUCGUCACAAAAUUAUACACACGUCUGAGAAACCUCACAAAUGUCUCACUUGCGGAAAGGCAUUCAACCGAUCGUCUACAUUAAACACUCACGCUAGAAUCCACGCCGGUUACAAGCCGUUCGUUUGCGAGUUCUGCGGCAAAGGCUUCCACCAGAAAGGGAACUACAAGAACCACCGAUUGACUCACAGCGGGGAAAAAGCGUACAAAUGCACGAUUUGCAACAAGGCGUUUCAUCAGGUGUACAACUUGACUUUCCACAUGCACACUCACAAUGAGAGGAAGCCAUUCACAUGCAGCAUUUGCGCUAAAGGGUUCUGCAGGAAUUUCGAUUUGAAGAAACACACUAGGAAAUUGCAUUUAGGCGUGGGGUCGAAUGACUCCUCGAUUGAUACUCAGGAUGAUUCUACUCAAGAGGCGAUCGGUACAUCCAAUAAUGAGGAACCAAGCAGAGUCGCUUUUCGACCGUUUUUGGGUUCUUCGUACCCUCGCAUCUUGGACCCAACGCGCAUGACCGCGCCUGAAACUUUCUUCUCCAAGCUAUUGUGACCAACGAGCGGAUACUUCAAUAACUUUGAAGGAAACAAGUGAUUUGCUUCAGGAUUUGAUGUAGAUAGUCACGGACAAUUGUAGAGGGCUUGGCGAUAGCACAACCGUACU